AUGAAAGGAGACUCAUCUCCUUCAAGAAAGAGAAAGUUAGACAGGCUACUAGGGCACUAUAUGGCUCAUAAGGGCCUCAUGGGCUUACUCCUAAGCCUAUUUACAAGCCCAUGGAUCAUUUGCCUUCAGCCAGAUCCUCAGUCUUCGGCCCUCAGCCUUCGACCAUCAGCCUCCGGCAUUCUUCCUCCUCUCCUUGGGUCUAACCCUAUGUGCAAUUUUUUACCUCCAACAGAUUGGCGCCGUCUGUGGGAAGCGACACGAAAGGCUAUGUCAUUCUCCUUCUCGAUUGCCCUCGGCACCCUACAACAAGUGCCCCUCAGCACUCUUACAUUCAAUACCCUCGCCACCCUUGUGAGCGCUGCCCUCGGCACUUCCUACAAUCUGUCGUCGGCACCUUUGCAUCAUUCGGCGCGUGCGAUGUCUUCACAUCCCCCCAAUGAUUCGGCAUCUGCCUUCGACACCCUUACGUCAUUCGGCGUGCGAUGUCUUCACAUCCCCCAAUGA